AUGAGUUCCACUCAAUACAUAUUAGCUGCUAAUCAGUCGUUGAGGUGGUAUGACUAUAAACGAGGUUCAAAAUAUGCAUGUUGUCGCGGAAACACAAAACUAGUCGUUUUGUUCUUAUUAUUCAGUUAUGCUCUGGAGUGUUCAAGUUUGAAUGUGGAGUUCGCAGGAAAACUGGGUAAACGAACGCGUUUUCAAGAGCGCGACAUUGCCCAGCUUGUUCUUAAUCUCAAUAUGGUAGGUUCUCCACACUUUUCCGGGAAUAGUAAUGUUCCUACAAGCUGUGCCUUAAAUAACGACACACUCUUAGAGCAGGUAUCAUUAGUUGAGAAGGACCGUAAAGAUGUUGCAUUGUCGUCAAUACACCUUGCAAUUUUAUUUGCUGUUUUCCGACUAGAAAGAAAAAGUGAGCACUGCGACGAAUUAUUCAUGGAGAAAGCGGAUGCAUAUUUAGAAGCGGUAAGGAUCAUUCAACAGCGUCGAUGUUGGUCCGUCCAAGUGGCUGCAUUGUUGUCCCGCUGUGAGUUAGAGCGAACGAGAAAGAGACGUGUGGAACGAGCUUGUGCGCAAUCAGAACUGAUUUGCAAUCUUAUGGAUGGUGUGGAUGAUAAGGUGAACAUAUUGACUAGGUUCCUAAGCAUACUUGCUAGUGGAUUGGAUCCUUUUUGGAUUGCUCGUUGUGUUCACGCAGAAACGCUUCAAUCACUGGGUUGCACUUCGGAAGCACUGCUAUUGUAUGAGAAGUUGGAGAUGUGGGACUGCGUUGUGAAUUGCUUUAAGAAGCUUGGGCAGUUAGAAAAGGCAGAAGCUCUAAUUCAUCGGUUGGUUUCCGACAGACCAAAUGACUCGAUGCUCGUUUGUUUAUUAGGGGACAUCACUAUGGAAGUUACCUACUACGAGGAAGCUAUUCGAAUGUCUAACGAUCGAAACGCUCGCGCUCGGAAGUCGCUAGGGAAUCUGCUGUUGCUCCGCAGCCAUUUUGAAAGUGCCUAUGGGCAUUUGAGGAGAAGUCUCGAACUUCAACCUAUACAGUUGGGUGUGUGGUUCAACGCUGGGUACUGUGCAUGGAAAAUGGAACGUUAUUCCGAUGCGGUAACAUGCUUCCACCGAUGUCAACUUCCAAAGCAACAGAGCUGCUAUUAA